ACUUAAGGAGCAAUCUUCUCAUAAGUAAAUAUUGUCAAUACUGAGGAAAGGAAUGAAGGCUCUUCUCUUCUCACUUUGUCUGGUUACUUGCCUGGUUUGUGCCUUGAGUGCACCCAAUAAGCAGCCAGUCUCUGUUAAAAUGGAUUGUCGCAGAGGAUCUUCUGCAGUUGCUUGCUCUUUCCUGUACACUAACAAUGCCAGGGAGGAUCUUUAUCUGCUUACGAGUGAAACUCCCAUCGAAGGAUUAUUGGCACCAUUCCUUGAUGUCUCUCUACAUGGCAGUGAACCUAUUCCAUACGAAGGAAUAAUAGCUUAUCGUCUUCCUCCUACAAAAGAAGACUUUCUUCUCUUGAAGGCAGGCGAGAGUUUCAUUGCAACAGUUCAAAUCACUGAUGCCUUUAACAUUGACACUGAUGGCCUCUACACCAUACGAUACAGUAAACCAUUGCUGUAUCUGACAGUAGAUGACAUGGAGCUGCAGUCCAUGGAUGAGCUCAAGGAAUUGGCUGUGGACGAGACUGUGUAUGUUGUUCUGGAAGAUACUCACUUGCUUGUAAAACCAAAAGAACUCGAAGAACCCGAAAUAGAAAGCAUCGUCCACAUUGAAGAUUGUGCCAGUGUUACCUUCCUUGGUGGUGAUCGUAAAAAUGAUCAUACGUUAAGAGCUCACAAGAGAAUCUGCAGUCAAAUUGGAGAGGCUAAAGGUAGAGUUGGCUCAACCGAUGCGCUGUAUAAGGAAUGGUUUGGUGUCUAUACUGAUGAUAGGGGGACUCAAGUAACAUCAGUGUAUGACAGAGUUGAAAAUGUGAUCACAGACUCAAGCCAAACAGUCAAAUACUACAAUAAUGGUCCAAAUUGCAAGAGUGGAGUUGGAGCCUAUACAUAUAUUAAAAAACCUCUUCCAUAUCUCACUGUCUUCCUUUGUGAUGCUUACUUUAAACUAACGCAAAAUUGUAAAGGUGUCUCGCCUACCAAAGAACGUGUCUUGAUGCAUGAAUGGGCUCAUGCUUUGGGUUGGGCUAAAGAUAUCAAGUAUCAUGCACGGAAGUGUAGGACUUUAGCCAAGAAUCAUCCUAAUAAGGCUGUUAACAAUGCUGACAGCUAUAGUUUUCAUUACUGUGGAAGCUAUUAAGCUCAUCAAGUCAGCCCUCAAGCCAAGAACAUUAGUUAGAACUCAUGCAACACAAGCUAUGCACAUUUUGCUGCUAUACAAUAAUUAAUAUGAUAUAUUAUCACAUUUUCUUUUCUUGGCUAAUGAAAAUUCAAUGAUAAAAUCUA